CCUCCCCCCGCCCCCCCCACCCCCACCCCAGAAAGAGGAGCGGAUGGACUGAGCCCCUGAAGUAUUUUUGGAUGUGAAGGACUGAAAACACAACACAUCGCCGCAUCGGAGGGAAACAUUUUGCUGUAGCCUACUCGUUUCUUCCCGUCACCUUUUUUGAGAAGUUUACCUUCCAGUAGUUUCACCGGACUCAUGGAUCACAGAAGGCAUCGCGCGUCGGGACAUUUCUUCUAGCCAUUUCCACAGAAUCGAAUCCACCGCUCAGGGGGUCCGGGGGUCCUGGAUUGACGUGAACCGGUGUUUUAGUCUCGAGAUGAACGUGCAGCCGAGGAGCCCCUUGCGCGUCCCCGGUCCUCGGGUGGGACUCAAGAGGCUCGACCCCGCGGACGACCAGCCUGUGGUCAAAUGCGCAAGGCUGAGCCCCCCUGAGCUGCGGGACGCCCCGCAGCGGGUCGCGGUGCUGGGGACCCCUCCAGGGGCCCCCGCCGGGAUCCCCAGAUCCCCCGCCGUCCCCCCUGUUCCCCACCAGGGACCCUCCAGGAUAGGGCCGUUCCUGCUGCUACCUCUGGCCGAGCGGGAUGGCGUACACAGCGCGCUGAACACCGACACUGGGGACGAGCUGGUGUGCAAGGUGUUUGACAUGGGGGUGUACCAGGAGAAGGUCCGGGCCUACAGCGCUCUGCCGCCCCACCACAACGUUGCGGCGGUGCGGGACAUCGUGCUGGGCGAGCGCCGGGCCUACGUCUUCCGGGACAAGGAGCACGGUGACCUCCACGGUCUGGUGAAGGGCUGCCGGCGCCUUGACGAGGAACACGCCCGCAGGCUCUUCAGGCAGGUGGCGCGCGCCGUGGCGCACUGCCACCGCCACGGCGUCGUGCUCGGAGACCUCAAGCUGCGCAAGUUCGUCUUCGCCGACGAGAAGAGGAGCAAGGUGAAACUGGAGAGUCUGGAGGACUGCCACGUGCUGGAGGACCCGCAGCGCGACGCCAUGUCCGACACCCACGGGUGCCCCGCCUACGUCAGCCCCGAGAUCCUCAGCGGCUCCGCGCCUUACUCCGGCAAGAUGGCAGACAUGUGGAGCCUGGGGGUGAUGCUGUACACCAUGCUGGUGGGCCGCUACCCCUUCCACGACCCGGACCCCGCCACCCUCUUCUCUAAGAUCCGCCGAGGCCAGUGCUGCCUGCCAGAGGGCCUCUCGCCGGGGGCCAAGUGUCUCCUGCAGAGCCUGCUGAGGAAGGAGCCUGCAGAGAGACUGACCGCCUCCGAGCUGCUCGCUCACCCCUGGUUCCGCCAUCCACCGGCAUCGCAGGAAGCGGCGUCGGGCGAACAGGAAGUGAGCUCGGCCGAUCAGGCAGUUCCGUCGUUUGACGUCAAAGACGACGACGAUUUGUUUUGCUGACUGCAGACUGCUGACUGCUCGCAGAACCCUGGUCUCCUGCCCCGGGCGGACUGCUUCCUUUUGGCCCCAAAGGACCAAACUAAAACAAUGUUAUGACAAGGGAUUCAUUAUUUAACAUCGGCACUUUUACAAAACGAACAAUCCCUGUUUUGGUACUGUACUAUCCUUACACCUUCAAGCUUUCUUCUUCAGCGUACUGUAGUUUAUGUUCCUUGUUUGAACUCCUUGUUUUGUCAUGUUUGAACUUGCGACGGGCAUUGUUUUCGCACAUAUGGAUGUACGGUGCGUUUCUAUACGUGUUUGUACGUUUUUUUGUUUUUUUCAACCAUUUGGUGCUCAUAAGGAGAAGAAAAUGUAUCCAUGUCAAACAGCAGUUACUAAGGAUUACCCUCAACCUGAACUCCGCACCAAUCUGCAAGCAUGAGAGCAUAGAAAGACACACCAAGAGAGACACACCGAGUGAGAAACAACGAGAGAGGCAUGGUGAUCCUCGCAUCACGACUCUGGCCAACGUCAGCUGACUCACCGGCUGCAGGCACAACCUAACGCACGCUUUGUUCUGAUAACAUCGCCGUGACGGAGACGCGGGGUGAAGGUACAGGGCCGAGAGUAGAAAGGAUGUGUCAUGCUCGGAUAGGGGAGGGGACGGGGGACUUAGGAGGGUUCAGAUGGGAGAGGGGAGUGAAGAGGGCUCAGUGAGGGAGGGAGGGAGGAGGUGAAGAGGGCUCAGAUGGUGAGGGAGGGAGGAGGUGAAGAGGGCUCAGAUGGUGAGGGAGGGGGAGUGAAGAGGGCUCAGAUGGUGAGGGAGGGGGGGAGUGAAGAGGGCUCAGAUGGGAUGGGAGGGGGGGGUGAAGGGGGCUCAUAUGGGGAGGGAGGGGGGAAUGAAGGGGGCUUAUAUGGGGAGGGAGGGGGGAGUGAAGAGGGCUCAGAUGGGUUGAAACACAGAGGAAGCCUUUGAAGUUUGUUACGCUGCAAACAUCAGGUGACAAGAAGAUGUUCAGCAAAACAUAUAGAUGACCCAAGUCCUUUUCUUAACAGCUUGGGUGACAUUACGACAUACUGAUGACAAGGUAAAUAAUCUGUAUUCCAAACCUUUUGCAGAAAAAAUGUGAAACCUCACCCUGGCGUCUAACUCGAACUCCUCCAUGCACUCUGAAUUGACGAGAUACAUAUACAUAUUGUAUAAUUACGUAUUUCUAUCAAGAAUGCUUUUUUUCUGUGCUAUUCUGUGUCCGCUUGCACCUGAACUCAAUCAGUGCCUUUACCCAAAACUAAGCUAACACUAUUCGCGUUUAGCAACUCAUCAUGGAUUAGUUUUCAUGCACUUGAUGGAACGGGUUAAGAAGAUUCCUAUGAUACCCCUUGGAUAAAGCAGCUGUCUGUGGGCCAAUCGGAAGGAACAGCUUUCUAUGGGCCAACCAGAAGGAACAGCUGUCUGUGGGCCAAUCAGAAGGCACAGUUGUCUGUGGGACAAUCAGAAGCCAAAGCUGUCUGUGGGCAAAUCAGAAGGCACACCUGUCUAUGGGCCAAUCUUCUAUCUCUCGCUUUAAGCUAACACCAUCCUAUUUCUGUCACUUGAAAUUUUGUAAAAAAAAAUUUAAAGAACUAUGAAGGCUUCUUCAACGGCACAGACAUACCUGUUUGUACUGUACACAUACAUCUGAAACAUUCUGUUCUGUAAGCCUGAUCAGCAGAACCCAGAAGCUCUGCUGAGAGUGAUGAAUGGCGCGCUGCAUUUCAUGAGCUCUGGUUCUUCUUGGUUCAGUAACAGUCGAGGGGAUUUUACUGAACCCUAACCCUAACCCCAUCCGAGCUCAGCUUGUUUCAUAAGCUGAGCUCUGGUUCUCCUUGGUUCAGUUACAGUGGAGGGGAUGGCUGUGUUUCAUAAGCUGAGCUCUGGUUCUCCUUUGUUCAGUAACAGUGGAGGGGAUGCCUGUGUUUCAUAAGCUGAUCUCUGGUUCUUCUUGGUUCAGUAACAGUGGAGGGGAUGGCUGGUGUGUUGCUAGCCAGCAGGGUGACUCAACACUUUAGCACGCGUCUAGCAGCGAACACACGUUUGUUCCAAGAACGCCGCUCAAAACUGUGAGUGCUUUCACCUGUUAAAUGGUACCCACAUGGUACACUCACACUUUUCUCAUUCUGUUUGUCAAAGAGAUCGUCGGGGAGCCUCGUAGUCUGUCAUAGUCAGUGAUGACGUUGUACUAUGUUUUGACAACCAUUUUCCUUUUCUUUGUUAUCACGGAUGUGGAUGCCCAAAAUAAGCAAUAAAUGUGUAACACACUAUUUUAUAUUGUGUUUCCACACACUUGAUAUGAUGGUACCAAUCGCAGCGCAACUGACAUAAAUAGCUAGAUUUCAGAUUUCAGGUUACAUGGUCGACAAACAGAUAUGAUAGCAAUAUGCCCGUCUCAAUUAAAGCCCUCGGCCUGCUAACCCCGCCAUGCUAGGUGGUUAAAGAGGAAGUAAUUUUUCGAAAUUUUCACUCACAUUGAUUCCUUGACGCCAGGACAGAUUAUUCAGGGACAUGUAAUUUAAUGUUUUUUGUAAGCACGUCUUGUUUGUUCAUACAAAAGUAGAGUCAUGUGCCAUCAUGUGGUAUGUAAUAAGUAGCUGACACGGGUGCACAAAGUUUUUAUUGCACUGUGAAUUAUGUAUUUGUGACAAAACCUCCCGGCACUGAGUCCCUUCAGGUUACACACAAAAGAUGUAUUCGUUGUACAAAAAAAUUGUAAAUAUGUAUAUUUGCAAUAUGUGUGAAGAUAUUGAAUAAAGUUCUUUUUUUUAAUAGUCAAA